UUCGAAGUCGCGCGUGAAAUUAGCACAUCGAUUCCCACUGAAUCUGCAUCCACUUUGAACGUAAUUUAUUUUCCCCAAUUGGGAUACCUUGUCACUGUCCCGUUAAAACCAGAAUGGAAGGAUGAAGAAGAUUUUAAAAUUGAUGGGUUGUAUUAUCAAUUCAGUACUGCCACUACUGUUUAUUAUAAAAAUGACAAGAUGAAAGAACUUGAUGAAUAUUUGGGUGAUAUACAUGGACUUAUCGUUGAUCGUGAAAUUGAAAUAAUGCAGAAGCUCCAAGACCGCAUAUUAGAAUAUGUUUCAUUAUUUCUAAACUCUAGUGCUGUUUGUGCUGAACUUGAUUGUAUUUUGUCUUUUGCGGAAUCAGCAAGACGUUAUGGAUAUAAUCGGCCUAUUGUAACCGAUGAAAAUGUUUUGAUAAUUGAAAAAGGAAGGCACCCGCUGCAAGAACUUUGCAUUAAUGUUUUUGUCGCUAACGAUACAAAACUUGUUGGAGGUAAAGGUAUAUUGGACGAAAGCGAUGAAAUGUACGAAGACUACCUUACCGAUGAAAAUGACACAUACAACAGUGUCAUGCUACUAAGCGGUGCUAAUUAUUCAGGCAAAAGUGUGUACUUGAAGCAAGUCGCGCUAAUCGCUUAUAUGGCACAUAUUGGAAGUUUUGUGCCAGCAGAAUCGGCCAUUAUUGGCCUAAUUGAUAAAAUUUUUACUCGUAUUCAGACUAAAGAGACAGUCUCGAAGGUUCAAAGUGCAUUCAUGAUUGAUCUUCAACAAAUAUCGGUUGCGCUUCGUAAUUCGACUUCAAGGUCUUUAUUGAUCUUUGAUGAAUUCGGAAAAGGAACUGGUUCUACAGACGGUGCAGGUUUAUUUUGCGGUGUCAUGGAACAUCUAUUAAAACGCGGUAGAGAUUGCCCAAAAGUAGUUGCAGCGACACACUUUCAUGAAUUUCGUUCUAAUAAUUCACAUAAAUUUUUGAUCUCAGUCUUAUAUCCGGUCGAAGUACUUCGUCCUGGG